AUGCUGCUGGAGUUGUCGGAGGAGCACAAGGAGCACCUGGCUUUCCUGCCGGGAGUGGACAGCGCGGUGGUCGCGGAGUUCGGGCGGAUUGCGGUGGAGUUCCUGAGGCGUGGUUCCAACCCCAAGAUUUACGAGGGCGCCGCCAGAAAACUUAGUGUGAGUAGUGACACGGUCCAGCAUGGUGUGGAAGGAUUAACGUACCUUCUUACUGAGAGCUCAAAGCUCAUGAUUUCUGAACUGGAUUUUCAAGACUCUGUUUUUGUUCUGGGAUUCUCAGAAGAAUUGAACAAAAUAUUACUUCAGCUGUACCUCGACAACAGAAAGGAAAUCAGAACUAUCCUAAGUGAACUGGCACCGGAUGUUCCCAGUUACCACAAUCUUGAGUGGAGAUUAGAUGUACAGCUUGCAAGCAGAAGUCUCAGGCAGCAGAUCAAGCCUGCAGUGGUGAUAAAGCUGCAUCUUCAUCAGGGUGGAGAUAACACCACCCAGGUUCUGCAGACAGACCCAGCCACCUUGCUGCACUUAGUUCAGCAGCUGGAACAGGCUUUGGAGGAAAUGAAAACGAAUCACUGCAGAAGAGUUGUCCGCAACAUCAAAUAG